CAGUGGCGCUUGGAGUUGUUGCGUUCACUCCGCGCCUGGCCUCUAGAUGUCGACCGACAGUCAGAUGGUCGUGUCGCCUGACGCGGCCGUAUCAGAAGACGCCCUAGUAGUCCCUGGCCAGAUCUCACAAGCUCUUCGCAGUGGCUUUGAUUGGCCCCAGAGGUUCUCUCGAAGGGGGCCAAUAGCGAAGGAUUUCGAGAAUAAACCGUGGUUGAAUUGCCAAGAAGACUUCAACUCACCGAGAGACGCUAUCAGCUUUUUUCUCGGGUUCGACGACGACGACGUGAGGUAUCAUGGGCGUGUGCGUCCUAUCCUCGAUAUUUGCCAGAAUAUGGACCUUCACGACCUUCCCAGCAUCGAAGCCCUCGACAGUGAAAAGCGAGUGGCUUGGCUCAUAGACGGCCAGCGCCAUGAGGACCAGAUCAAUUUUCGUAGAUGCUUGGGGGCGUUGACUGCUCGCCAACUCACUGAAGCCUUAUUACAACCACGCUAUCGGGUUCCUCUCACAGCUAAUAGCGAGGAAGUUGAUAAUCCACAAGCGAUUACUAACAGUGGGGGAGUCCAAAUUUUCGAUGCUGAACGCCGCCUGCUCUAUCUCACGAAUCUUGAUUGUUGGAGUAUCCUCGCUCUCGUGAAGACCGCCCCUGUAUCCCAGGCUAGACUCCUUGGUGACUUUUUCCACAAGCACCUAUGUUCUAGAACUUCGAUCGGGGUCGCAUUCGCGUCUCAGGGUCCUCAGAUAUUCUCUCUCGAGUUCCACCUGCCAUUUCGAGUCUGGCGAAUAACGAAGGGUCUUCUCAAGGACGAACGGAUCAAGAGGUCAGACAGCGAGGCUCUACGAUCAUCAAGGAAUGUCACUUACUUGAUGCCUCCCGGAGAUAAUGAUGAAGAGAGCCAGGUUCACGGCAUCUACUCGGGCCACAUUGCGUGCUUGGUCAGCGGCUAUGAUUACUGGAGAUGGACAGCCCACUUCGCAAUUGACACCUGGUUCGACGAAGACGAGGGCAUCAACGAUCAGGUCACUCGCUACGACAAUGACAGAGAAGAUGGUUUCGAGUGGGAUCCUUGCAGCGGCGGACAAGACGACGCCAAAAGGCCUUACUGGUAUCCGCGCGUUUGGUUUCUACGUAUCUUCGGCAUUCGUCUCGAUCAGAUCAAGGAUGAAUGGGAGUCAAUUUGCCACCACUUGGGCCAAAGCAUUGAGAGAGAAGACCGGAAACAUAAAAAUUUUCUCCAUGAAUCCAGGCUGUCGCCUGAAUCUGCUGUUACUCAGCAGCAUAGUAAGCAUCUAAUCGAUAGCUUGGAAAAAACAAUGAUGGGGUCCAGGGAUAUUCUUCAAGAUCUUCUAAGCGAUCUGCACGAAUUAGUGAAGGUUGGAGCAUCUUUCAUGUCAACGGAGGUUAACUUCUUUCUCAAUAAUGACGGGCAACCGGGACAAGCCGCAGAGUGCUACCCAUAUCUCACGGAGAUCCGUGGGAGGUUUAAUGAGCUUGGCCAGCUCAGCUUUCGACUGGGAAAAUACCAAGAGAGAUGCAGCUUCUUGAUACAGCAUUGCGAAUCUUCUAGGAGAAGUGCUCUUCAGAACCUCUCGCCGGUUUCAGAAGAGAGGUUCGCUGAAACUUCUGAGUUGAGAAAUGACCAACUCCUUGCAGUCAGACCUAGAGAUGAAGACGAGGUUCGAGUACUUGCAUUCAGCACACUUCUAACGCAGGCUUUCUCACAAACUACUGCACUUUUCAGCGCAGACGGGGUUAUCGCAUUCACAAGGAAUUGGCAAUCAUUUCUGCUAUCGCUUCUUGUCGCCUAUGGUAUCAAUAUCACAAUUGUAGCCGCUCUUAUCGUCUGGCUCCAAAGGGCAGGCCGGAGGGUACAGAAUGCGUUGGAUACAGGACCAGGGCUGCCAGUCGUGCAGCCUACGCAGAACUCGAGCGACUCUUCUGCUGUCGCGCUGAGACCAAAUGAUGAGGCCGUGGCUCAAGGCUUUGCCACAGACACAUCUUCAACGAAUUCCAAUGGAGGUGGUCUGACGUUUCAUUUUCGACGUCGAUUGUCAGACAGAUUCUGGCUGACCUACAGGCAACCUGAGAGAGUGGAUGAUGUAGAGCUUGGAAACAGGAACACUCCAAUUCUUGAGGAACUGGCAUGACACUGGAUUUCGGGUUACGCACAUCAUGUUUCUCUUGGCCAAGUGGUUAUUUCUCAUUGCUUCCCUGAUUUAGGUCGUUUUAAUAUUCUUGGGAUCUUGUGGUUUACUCAGUGCUUGAAAUGGAUUCAAUAGGCGUUCCGCAUGCAUCUCAAUAUCAUGAGCGAGGCGUAAGGAAGAGUUGUGGCAUCAUUCACGGUAACAGUAUUCUAUCUCGAAUAGUUAAUAGAUCCAAGUUAAGCUAA